UUCAAGCUCGGGCAGCCCAAGAAACAGCUUGUACCCAAGACAGUGGAGAGAGACUUUGAAAGGGAAUAUGGAAAGCUCCAGCAAUUGGAAGAUCAGACCAAAAAGCUUCAGAAGGAUAUGAAGAAAAGCACAGAUGCAGACUUGGCCAUGUCCAAGUCUGCUGUCAAGAUCUCUUCAGACCUGCUGUCCAACCCCCUGUGUGAGCAGGAGCCCAGCUUCCUGGAGAUGGUCACAGCCUUCGACACAGCGAUGAAGAGGAUGGACUCCUUCAACCAGGAGAAGGUGAAUCAGAUCCAGAAGACAGUCAUAGAGCCUUUGAAAAAGUUCAGCAGUGUGUUCCCCAGCCUGAACAUGGCUGUGAAGAGAAGGGAGCAGACCCUGCAGGACUACAGGCGCCUGCAGUCCAAGGUGGAGAAGUAUGAGGAGAAGGAGAGGACUGGCCCUGUCCUUGCCAAGCUGCACCAGGCCCGUGAGGAGCUGAGGCCAGUCAAGGAGGACUUUGAAGCCAAGACCAAGCAGCUGCUGGAGGAGAUGCCCAAGUUCCACAGCAGCCGCAUCGAGUACUUCAGACCCAGCUUCGAGUCCCUGGUGCGGGCACAGGUCGUGUACUACACAGAGAUGCAGAAGAUCUUCGGGGAGCUGGCGGCGCAGGUGGAGCUGCCCGGCCGCAGCGAUGAGCAGCGCCAGCAGGAGAACGAUGCCAAGCUGGGCGAGCUCAGGGCACUCUCCAUCGUGGCUGAUGACUGA